AUGGGAAGUAAAAUUGUUGAUAUGGCAGGUCCUAUCUUUUGCGAUGUUUUCUUUGGUGAACGUUACUUACUUAGCUAUGUUGAUUUGAAAGUGGUCAUGAACCGUACCAGUGACGAAUUUGUAUUAAUGUCAUCGGUGGACGGUGCAGCCUUUAGAGUGAAACUGAUAGAUGCAUACCUUAAAGUUCGUAAAGUCAAAGUGAAUCCUAGUAUAUCUCUGGCUCACGAAGUUGCCCUGAAAAAAGGUCCAGCUAUUUACCCUGUAAGACGUGUGGACUGUAAAAGUUUUAUCAUUCCUUCUGGAAACCCUUCACUGCAAAAAGAUAACCUUUUCAAUGGUUUAGUGCCUAAAUCGUUUGUUUUCGGUCUUGUUGAAAGCAUUUCAAUAAAUGGUGAAUCUGUACCAUUUAAACCAAUCAAUUUGUCCUUUGGUGCGAAUCCAAGAUUUAUAGAAGCAUUUCUAUCGCAGUUUUCAGGCACUGGGAAAAUGUAUUACGACACAGGCAAUGGCAUUACGCGUGAAGAUUUCCCAAACGGUUUUGCCCUGUUCGGCGCGGACUUUACCCCGAUAUGUGCAGCGCAUCCGAACAUUUUAACACGGUGCAAAAGGAAACCUGGCCAUUGA